GCUGAGUGGAGCUGGAGCACGCCUAGACAGUUCUUUGGCACUCUGGAGCACGGCGUGCAUGUGGCGCCCCAGCAGGCCAACGCCGUCGUGUGCCAAGGCGCGGCACACUGGCUUUUCAGGCGGACGUCAAGCUUUUACACGCUCAGUGUGUGCGCUAAGACUGCCCACAUGUCCUUAACAAGGCUCCCAAUCACGCCGAACCAAACCGACCUCAACUUGUAUAGUGAACCAAUGCUUAGUGUCACCAAUGACGGGAUGCUAUCGUUACUUCGUUUGUAUAGGAAAUUCACCAUGCUGGAGAUCUGGACAUGUCAAGGUGACUAUAAAAGUGAGGAUGACAACGUGGACCGCUGGUACCGCACAAAGAUGAUCAAGCUAAAACGACCCACGCAGAUUAAGAUCGACCUUGUGCGAUGCGUGUGUAUCGGAGAGAUGAGUGGCAAACUGCUGGUCAAUGACAAUCAAGGUUGUGUGUACAUUGCAGACUUCCAAACUGGUGCAAUGGAGACGGUCACCGAGUGGUUUCGCGGCAGUGUCCAGAGUGCUAUACCCUUUGAGAUGGAUUGGCCUGCCUACUUCAUGUCUAAGUUGGCUGGUGGCAGGAUCAAGCGGACUAAACCGGGAGGAGCUAUACAGAAAAUUGCGAAAUCUUUCUGGGGACUAGUAGUUGUGUCAGUAAUCUUUGGACCAAUUGCUAUGAGGUGGGCUUGGGCCUAGUAGGAGCUACAAGAAUCUUAGGUUUUUGUGUGGCAGACUUGGUGAACACCUAAGUUAAUAUACUACGUACGGGCGCAAUGGCUACAAACUUUUCCAUUGACUUUUUUCAUCAGAUCAACAGCUUGGAGU